AUGUGCUCUUUUUUUUAUCCACUAUCCAGCGAAGCUAGCACCCAAUUAGUUUUCUGCCUUCCGCGCAAGCUGCCGGCCGUAUCUACUCUAUCACUCGCGCACUGGGGCCAUCGGGAGGAAAAAGUGAAAUACAACAGAGGUUCCCAAUACAUAGUCACAAAUAUGAGCAAUUUGCAGGCCAGCUACACGGUCCAGUCCAUAGCGCUGCACCAGUUUCUUGCGAAGUUAAUGAAACUUGAUCCUCCUAAACCCGUACCGACUAUCCUGCUGUCAGCAGCUUUCCUCGAACCUCUCGCUGGAGUACUUUACGCGUUGAGCUCAAUCCCAGCAAUUCGACAACAAGGGUUUUGGCUCGUGAAAGUGGAGAAAAAUGGUAUGAUCCGCCCCAAUACUCGCACAUUGAUCCCGAUGUUUGUGCUUGUGUACAUUGCAUUCAGUAUGACUACAAUCCAUUCCUUCCAAAAGGACUUGAAAAAGUCAGUUCUUUCGACCGCGACAGUUACACUGAGCUUAUCCACAUACCCUUUCAUGAUGUGCGCAGGCUGGACGAAAAUCUGGAAUAUCCUUCGAGCACUCCCUCUAACUAAAUACGGGCUUGUCACCAGAAUGAGGCAAACCAAUGCCGGCUCAACUAUGACAUAUUUCAAGCCAAGGACUAUCAAUCUUAUUUCGCUUUUCUUCUUCAUUUUUCCAUUCGCCUUUGCAGGACCUCCAAUAUACUUGAUAACACUCCACGUCAUAGAAAUCAACAGGAUUUACAAGCAGUACAACGAUUCUUUUUUGGCUAUCAUCAGUGGACAACUGCAACCAACGACAAUAUUGAAUCUAAACAUCGAUGCCUUAACCCAGGUGGCCAUAAUGCGGAAGCGAGCUGACGCAGUACUAUUCCUCUCGCGUUUCAUCAGCGGUGGAUACUGCUUGAACAUCAUUAUACUAUUUUUCAUGAUGCUAUUUGGUUACUUCCGCAUACUUCAAGCUGUUCAGUAUCAGAUCCGUACCUUUCGCCAGGCUCUUCAAGAAACCAUUCCACUUUCAUUAGGCAUUCAAUCGUCAGAAAAUGUCUCGAAGCUUCAAGUUCAACCAACACCAGUUUCAACUAACUUCAACACCUCCAUCACCGAUGAUAUCUCAAAAGAUCAACGCCAGAAACCGCUUCUAGUCAGCAAGAACAUCCUAAAAUUGCUGCCUUCUUUUCGAGAUAAUCCAGAUUUUCUUGAAAAGCCCCGCUCGAGCACGAGCUCUAACAAUUCACUCUCGAAUAGCAAGCAGCCCUGGGAAAUCAAUAAUCGAGCAGCAAUUCAAUCUCAAUGUAAAGCGCUUAAAAUAUACCAAGUCAACUUGAUCUGGCAAGUGCUUUGUAACACAACUGUGAUGCUUGUCCUUGUCGUAAUGGAUUCCAUGAUUCUGUUUAACUAUUUACAGAUCCCAACACGCCAUACGCUUUCUGAUUUGAAUUGGUUUACAAUCACCGUAGCCAACGUCACUUGGAUCAUGACGAUUGGAAUACCAUUUGGCCUGGUAGCAGCAAUCGUUGCUUUCUCAUCACCAAUCACCUCCCUGCGUGAAAAAUCGGAAGUUGUGGAGGAAUGUGAUUAUUGA